AUGACUCCUCCGAGGGUGCAGGCGUCGCUCUUGCUGCUGGUGCUGGGCGGCUGUCUCCUCGCGGCCGCCGGGAGGGACAAGGGGUCGGCUGGCAGCGUGGCGCAGCCGGCUCCGGUCUCCGCGGGCGGCUCCUCGGGCCGUUUCGUCAGCCCCCAGAAGCACGCGUGCAGCUGGCAGCUCCUGCUUCCCGCCCCAGAGGCCGCGAUCCGCAGCGAGCUAGCGCUUAGCUGCCAGAGCCCGGACGGGGCGCGCUACCAGUGCGCCUACCACGCGGAGCCCGAGCGCUGCGCCGCCUAUGCGGCCCGCGGCGCGCACUACUGGAAGCAUGUGCUGGGCCGGCUGCGUAAGAAGCGGCUGCCCUGCCACGACCCGGAGCGGUUCAGGGCCCGCAUGUGCUCGGGCAAGAGGGGCCACGGCACCGAGCUGCGCCUCGCGCCCCGCCAGUCCCCUCCCGCGGGCCCCACCACCGCGGGCUUCCCAGGGGAGCCCAAACCGCGGGCCAGAGGCCGGGGGCGGCCCCGGGAGCCCGCGCCCGGCCCAGCCGCAGGGGCCCCGCCUCCCGUGAGCACGCCGUCCAAAAAGAGGCCUUCUGAGAAGAAGACCAAAGGGGGCAAGAGGAAGGGGGUCUCGAGCCCUGACGAGGAGCGACCCCUGGGGACCGGGCCAGACCUCGACGGGCUGGACGAAAACGCCGGGCUCACCGAGACCUACUGCGCUGAGAAGUGGCACUCCCUCUGCAACUUCUUUGUCAAUUUCUGGAAUGGCUGAGGCUUCUGGCCCCGGGAAGGGGGACGGACGAGGGGGAUGGUGUGUGUGUAGGAUUGGGGUGUGAGUGUGGGGGGUGGGCAGCGCAACGGGGAGGGGAAGCUAAGGGCAUUGUUAGGGCAAAGGACCCCGGGAUAGAGAGUAGGGAGGAGUCCAGCUUCUAGAAUGGGAAAGGGCGCUUAGGAUGAAAGUGUAGAGGUACGGAGAACCUCUGAGACAGCAGAGAAAUUUUAAGAGUCUCAGCCUUGAUUAAGAGCAGAAGAAAUAGUGGAAACAGAAGAAAAAAAAUAUGCAAAAACUAUAGACGGGGGAGAGAGAUGGGCACAUAGAGAGGCUGAGAAUAAGGGGGAAAUAGAGUGACUAAAGUGAUGCGAAUCUUGGGUGGGAAGCAGCAUACAAUGUACUGUUUAACACAUUUCUAUUAAAAUGUAAUCACAAGCAAUUGAUGACCCGAGUCAGGAUGAAUUGUUCAUAGUGACUUCUCAGCUGAUCAGCUGAAC